UGCUUUGUUGAACCUCGUAAUCUAGUGGAUAUUACUUUUCAAUUCUGUCAUCAAGGCACAACCACAUAGCGUUCCGUGUCGAAAACCUUCUAUUUAGAUACCCGUCACUGCGCUCCAUGACUCCAACCUCUCAGUCCCACUUACAGUAAUUCUAAUGACUACAAUUGACUCCAUCAUCAAUAUAAAAGCCCCCUCUACGCGGUCCCUUCUCAGUACCCAUCUCCAACCACACUCUUCUUGGCAAAAUACGAACAGACACCAACUCUACAAUACAAACGAUACCGAAACUGAAACUGAAAUGGCCUCUACCCCCACAAUCAAAUGUGCCCUCGCCGGCCACGGAUGCAAAUCCCACGCCACCAAAUCGAGCAUCACAACCCUGUGCCCCCUUUGCUCCAAGCUCCACCCGUUGAUCCUCGAUGACUUCCUGGCCCAAGCCAGAGCCGACUCUGCUUGGCCCGAGUACGCAGAAAGCAGCAUCGAAGAUAUCUUCCACGAAGCGAUGGAAGCAAACGAUGCCCCACAUGUCUGCGUAUCGCGUCAUGAAUGGCACCUGGGAGAGGAGUGGGUGAAGACGCUGAUUGAUGCGAGGAAGCUUUCCAUCAAGAAGGAAAAUGAGAAGAUUAGAGGGCCGCCGAGGUACGACGAGGAUGAUAUCGUUUGUCAGGAUGUUGGCGAACCAGAUAUGUUGUGUGGGUUAUGUCUGCCUGUGUUGAAGAGUUGUGAUAUACUCGCUUAUGAGGCGCAUUUUGAGGAUGGGAAACUCAAAGAAUCUGGAGAGCCUGAGGAUAGGGAGACUGACGGGAAAAUUGGGGAUUGGGCAGUUGAGGAGAGAGAAAUGGCGGAGGAGGAGCUCGAGGAGGGAGAAAUCAGGGAGUGAGCGAUUGACGAGGGAGAAUGGCCAUCCUAAAGCUAUGAAUUCUUCCAAGGACAUGCAUAGAAAUGCGUAGCUAGUUGUCCAAGCAAUACUAUAAAACACCAAAUGCAGGAUAUACGAUGACAUGCAUAAACUCCUACAAUAUUGACUCGCGGAAAAAAGUCUAAAAGCCCACGGCGAGCAUAAGCCCGUAACCCACGGUAAUAAUCACAAGGAAGGUAAGAAUCGAUGCAGGUAUGCCGCGUGUAAGGAAGUGCUUAACGUCCAGAUAUCGCUGGCCUGUUCUUUGGUCUUCCAUCAUGAUGGCAGCUGAAGGAA